AGGAGAAAGGACCUGAGUGCUGGCGGCGCGGCUGGGGAAGGCGCUGCUGGAGCGCAACCAGGACAUGAGCCGGCAGUACGAGAGGAUGCACAAGGAGCUCACCGACAAGCUGGAGCACCUAGAACAAGAGAAACACGAGCUACGGAGGCGAUUUGAGAACAAGGAAGGAGAAUGGGAAGGGAGGGUGUCUGAACUGGAAAGUGACGUGAAGCAGCUGCAGGACGAGCUGGAGAAGCAGCAGGUUCACCUGCGCGAAGCCGACCGCGAGAAGACACGGGCGGUGCAGGAACUCUCCGAACAGAACCAAAGACUCCUGGACCAGCUCAGCAGGGCGUCGGAGGUGGAGCGGCAGCUCUCCCUGCAGGUCCACACCCUCCGGGAGGACUUUCGGGAGAAGAACUCCUCCAGCAGCCAACACAUCGUGCGGCUGGAGAGCCUCCAGGCCGAGCAGGUCCUUGAAAUCAAAAUGCUGACGGACAGGAAGCGGGAGCUGGAGCAUCGCCUUAGUGCCAUGAUGGAGGAGAACGACCUGCUCCAGGGAACCGUGGAGGAGCUGCAGGACCGAGUGCUCAUCCUGGAGAGACAAAGCCAUGACAAGGACCUGCAGCUGCACCAAAGCCAGAUGGAGCUCCAGGAGGUGCGUCUGUCCUACCGGCAGCUGCAGGGGAAGGUAGAGGAGCUCAGUGAGGAGAGAAGCCUCCAAAACCUCAACACAACCAGCACAUCCCUCCUAUCUGAGAUAGAGCAGAGCAUGGAGGCAGAGGAGCUGGAACAAGAACGAGAGCAGCUGAGGCUGCAGCUCUGGGAGGCCUAUUGCCAAGUGCGGUAUCUCUGCUCCCACCUCAGAGGGAACGACAGCGCCGACUCCGCCGUCUCCACAGACUCCUCCAUGGACGAGUCUUCAGAAACCUCAUCAGCCAAAGACGUCCCAGCCGGGAGCCUUCGGGCAGCUCUCAGUGAGCUCAAAAGACUGAUACAGAAUGUGCUGGAUGGGGCAGACUCCACGAGCUCUCGACGAAGCGACGACGACACGUUAGAGGAACAGAUCAGGAGAACAAGUGAGGAUUCACGAGCCCUGAGGGAAUUAAUGGAGGGAGAACGGGGGAAACUGAGGCAGAGUUUGGAGGAGCUGCAGCGACUGCACAGCCAGGUCACGCUGCUGAGUGUGGAAAUGACGACGCUGAAGGAGGAACGGGACCGGCUGCGAGGAGCUGCCGAGGACAAGGAGAGCAGCGAACGGCUCCUGCAGGCCAUCAGGGACCGGGACGAGGCCAUUGCCAAGAAGAAUGCAGUGGAGGUGGAGCUGAGCAAGUGCAAGAUCGACAUGAUGUCCCUCAACAGCCAACUGCUGGAUGCCAUCCAGCAGAAGGUGAACCUCUCGCAGCAGCUGGAGGCCUGGCAGGAUGACAUGCACAGGGUCAUUGACCAGCAGCUGAUGGACAAACACCCGAAGGAAUGGAGCCAGCUUGCUUAUUCCUUCUCCAGUGGCUCCGGAGCCAAGCGGAGUGCCAGACCCUCCCCCGCGUUCAGGCCGGAGCAGCAGGGGGACGAGCCCGUCGGGGCGGAAGGAAACCGUCUCUUUUCCUUUUUCAAGAAAAAUUGAUUUGAAAAAGAGAAAACUCUCCAACAGUUCCUGCUUCAAGAUGGGGAGUGGGGCAGCUGCCCAGCUUGCUGAUGGACCCAAGUCUGAUCCACUGAGUAAAAAAGAAGGGGGCAAAGGAGUUAACCCUUGAGACUCUGCACUAUUUACACCGCACCUGGUCUGAACCAAAUGUUUACAAGAAUUGGAGAUUUGCAAAUUGACAAUGUGAUACUAAUAGAAAGAAACUUUUCUUAUUCUAUAAGUGAAGUGAUAAACUUCAGGGUAUAUUUUAGCGCUUCGGCACAGUCCAGUUUCUGCUGUGAAGAAUACUCUGAUUGUCUUAAAAGCAUUCUCAUGCUGGAGAAGGAAAUAAGCAGCCCCAAGACAGAGCAGUGCAGGGGAUUGAGAACUGCUGUCACAGUGAGCACAGGGGGAAGAAGAGGCUGAAUGUAAGAGAAGAGAGGGGAGUCAUUUAUACCACCCUCCAGUCCUGGCAGCUGUGACAUCCUUCAUCCAUCCCACCAAGACUGGAGUCACUCUGGCCCCAGCACUGCCAUGUUUUGACAAAUGUAGCUUUCUCUGUGGUGGAAGUUGAGCCCUCACUGCAGAUCCUGCCUGGGCACCUGCAGCUCUGCGUGGCUGUUCACCCUCGCUGGGAAUCCAGGCUCCUCACAGCUCAGGGCAGGGGGCAGAUUGCUGGUGUCACUGUCUUCUCCAGCUCCCUCCUGUUACAGAGGUAAGAGUUGCAGUCUGUAGCUACACAGAAUGUUAAGGAUUUCUCCCCAAGAGACUGACCAUCUACAACAGAUUACAGACUGGAUUAAAGUUGUGGGUGUUUGGUCCUGGGGCAGCUGCUGUCCCUCUGAUGACCAAAGGUAGUUGAGGAGCUUCAGCAAGUCACACACUUCUCCCCAAAGCCAUGCACACCUCCCAAACAGAGAAGAAACCUGUCAUUUUAACUGGAUAGGCCCCCAAAAGCCCAACUAAUAAUUCACUGAAAGCCUACCCAUAAUGAUGUCAGUGGGUCUUUGACACUGGGUUGGCACUCAGUCCUCAGAAAGCACACUGGCAUCUGCCUUCACUGAGGCCAAAGGCCAUCAGGGUGUCUACAAAACUCUGGAAAGCCUGCAGGUUACUCUGCCCUAUGCAGUAACAUUGGCUGGGGCCCGGCAGAAAGGAGGAGUACUUGUCCCUGCCUGCAAGUUACUUCUCAGCCCUUUGGCAAGCAGGGAGCCAAACCUCCUACUGAUCAAAGAUGAUCAGAGCCUGCCUUGCACGACUUCAUCAACAAGAAGCAACGUGACUUUUUUGGUGUAUGCACACAGCAGUGCUGGAAAUCCUGCAAUACUCAAUUAAGGACCUUCCCUCUGCACUGGAUAGGCACCUUACAGCUCUUCUCUUUAACACAGUCUACCAUCAUAAGCCAGUGAGGAAUGCCAGGCUCAGUUCAGAGAUGUCCUGCUGCUGUCAUGCAAUUUUCACACAUUCUUGCAGUUUAUGAUACCCACAGGCCCUAAGUUGUCUCCCUGCUGCUUUAAACAGGCCACCACCUACACUGUCCCACAGGAAACAGAGCUGGGUACACCUUCAGCUCUGCCCUGCUCAGCAACUUUGGUGCUAAAACACCAUCCUACAGGGAGCUGCUCUCUCUGCUCACUAUUUACAGGAACAAGCUUUCUGCUAGAAUUAGGUAUCAAAAACCUUCUUCUAAGCAGCAGGUAAGAGGCUGGUGGCUUGGGUUUUAUUAUUCAACUUACCUAUGGGAUAGAACAUCCAUAAUACCUCAGUACAAAUAUCCUUUCUGCCUACAAAGAUUUGAGCAUUCCCAUAUUUCCUUGUUAGCAUGAAACUACUGCACUGAUAUUAAAUCAUCUUGCACUCAGAUAGCUCCAUGGUACAAGAAGCAGAGUACUCUGAGGUUGGAAGCUAUGGUAAAGAGCUGAGUGGUAAGACCCAUUUACUUGAAAGCAAUGAAACCUGGAUUGCAGAGCCUGCUCCAGGAAAUACUUGGGCAAAGCCCCACCAAUACAGCUUGAUGCUUAUGGGGAAAAGAACCCGAAGUCUCACAGGCAGGGAAGGAAACUGAACCUUGGCCUCUCCUUUCUAGGCAAUGCUCAACUGUUGAGUAUCUGCUUGUAUCCACUUGUGCAAGCGAGGGAAAGGGAUGUAGCACAGUGCCAAGUGCUCUCAGGAUGGUGAGUCCUCAUCCUCCUGUCUUACCUGUACUGUGACUCUCCACAGGACAAAGACAUGAGGCACAUGCUCUGCAUCUCCUGCUGCCAGGACUGUUACACCCACAUGCAUUAACAUAACCUUUGAUACCUGCAGAAGGAGGGUUCACGGAUGCCAGCAAUACCUGUGAACAGUUACACCCUGAAAAGGAUGCUCUGCUUAUCGUGGGAGAGCCACGUGAACAUCUCGGUCCUCACGGACCUUUUUUCUGUUGUCAGUUGUCACUUCCCAGGCCCCACCAGCUCUCUCUUCAAGCCACAUGCCCAGCAGCUGUGUGGGACUCUACCCCCGUGAGGAUGGAUGGA